AUGGCGGGCCCACGUCAGAGGACGCGAGUCACCAGUGCCCUGGUGCUCGGCUGCUGCGCGCUCUAUGCUUGCCGAGCCUGUGGCUUUGUCCUCGCAGGCGUUGCGACUGGUGGUGUGUCCCGAGCGAGACCUGCCGUGGAAUCUGUGGACGGGUCCGACGGGUCCUCACGCCUUCCGCGAAGAUAUUGGAAGUCCUCGGGCCCCAAGCCAGAAGAGGAGACUGUGGAAGGAACGGUCAUUCCAGGUCUGAUUCUCACUGCCCUCAUCACCUACCUUGGGGUGGUUCCGCUGACAUCCGGCGUCACGCCUGAAUUCCUUGUCUCCUUAGUCAUCAUUGCAAUUCUCGGCAUUUUCGCGAAUACGCUGGCCCUGGCAGUGAACAUGAAUCUGCCGACUUGGAUCGACUUUCAGAUCCAGAAGCAGAGAAAAGAGCAGCGAGCCAAGGAAAGCCGGUGGCCGUGGUAG